AUGUGUGACCCUCUUUCGAUACCCAACACCAAAACAAAUAUAUUAGAUAAUAAACGAAAUGGAUCCUUUAAGACACCUGAAAAAGUUCUAAACACUAUGAAGUUAUCUAGAUCAUCAACGAAUGGGUCGCCUACCAUUAUUCCAUUAAUGAAGAUGACUGAUCCACAUCUAAGACGAAGUAUGACAUCUUAUAACUAUACCCCGAGUAAAAAUUUUGAAAUAAAUAAUAAAUUAUCUUCGGCCUCCUCGCCUUAUGAAACCAAUCAAAAAAGAUCUUCAUCGUUAUUAUCUGUACAAUCACCGGCAAUAUCACCAUCAUUUUUAUUUUCUCCAUCUAAUAAUAAUUCAUAUGGAAGUAACGAAUCCUCAAAAAGAAGGAAAACUGAUAAUAGUAAUAAUAAUAACAACCAUAGUGAUAGCUAUACAAUUACUAUUUCUGAUCCUGUUUACCCACAACCGAAACUAUCAAAUAAGGAAUUAUUGACAAUGCUUAAAUCAAAUAGUUUUUUGAAAAAACGUUCUAAAGGGUACCAUGAUGCUUCACUUUGUAAAAUAACACCAGCAAAAAAUGAUCGAAAUACCCAAAUAGAGGAAAAGAUAAUGCCACCAGGUACUAAUACAAUCACUACUGCUACUACAACCAUUAUUAAUAAUAAUAAUUCUCAGAAACAUAAUAGUGAAAAGAAUCAAACUGACGACAACAAAAAUACAGUUACUGAAAAUAAAAUGUCAUCUACCGGAGACAAUAGCAACAGCUAUAUUGAUCGACCAUUGGACAUAAAUUUAAUUCUACCUUUUAAAUAUAAUCAUAGAACAGAAGAUGAAAAUAAUAUACGAACGCCAAAUAAAAAUAUAUCAUCCAAAGAAUUAUCUAUUACAUAUCUGUCUAAGGAAACUCCUACAAGUCCAAAAAAUUUAAAUACUUUACCUAUUCCUAUAAAAAUUCCAAUAUUGAGCAAAAAUGGCAAAGCCACUCCACAUAGAUUAACAAAAACACCAACUGCAUUAUCUCCAAAUUUUUUAUUAUCAAAUUCAAAAAAUAAACUUACAGUAAAAGUCAAUACCCUCAAUAAAAGCGUCACAAAGGAACAAUCUAAAUUAUCAGAGAGAAAUCCACUUAAUGGCACUUUUAAUGGAUCUCAAAAUGAUGAAAUACUUAAUUCCCGUAUAUUCAAAACAACACCGACAAAAACUUAUGAAAAGAAAACAAAUUGUACAAAACAAGAAACAUUUCAAUAUCCUUCUAAUAAUGCCAAUGUAUUAAAUUCCACACUCAAACAAAGUGAAUCUACAGAAGAUAAAAACAAUAAUACUGAUUUAUUGUCUCAAGUAUAUAUAACUCAUCCACUAGAAAAAGAAUUGGAAGCAACACCUUCAGUUAGAAGCAUAAAAGAUAAUACUAGAGAUGAUAACAAUAUCAGUUUAACUGAAAAACAAAAAGGUAUAGAUAAUAGUACUAUCACUAAUGACAAUUCUAGCAAAUAUACAUUACACACCACAUCACAGAAAAUAAGUACAGUAAAAUUAACACCCCAAAAAGGUGUUAAUAUAUUUGCAGAGACUCAAAAUAUAGCAAAAAAUGCCAAGAUUACUACGCCUCAUAAUAAAAACACUCCUGUAUCUAGUAUUAAUGAUAUCAAUGAUAAAAUCAGUUCUCAACUGGUUAUGGAUGGUCAAAAUACCCCUUUUGGUAAUCAUAUACAUAAUAAAAAUAUAGAUAAAGGGAAAAUAGAUAUGCAAAAUUCACAACUAAAAUCAACUGAGGUAACAAAGAAUGAUAAAAAUCAAUCAUCUAACUUAAAAAAUCAAAAUUUAGGAGAACGUGAUGCAGUAAAUGGUAAGGCAAAUACAAAUAUUUUCCAUCUUGAUAAUAAUUUUUCUCCAUUAUCCAAUAAGAGCCUACCAAGUAUCUCGAAAUCUGGGUCUCACUAUAGCACCAUGCACAAUAAUUUGAACAAAGCUGAAAAUGAAGAAAUCAAAGGAUCAAUGAUAAAAACAGCAUUCUCUGAUGACUUACUAUAUGUUCAUAGUGAUUUCUUUCCGACCGAAGAUAUAUGUUUAUUAUUACAAAAUAAAUCAGAUGGUAUUGAGAAAGAGGAAAUACUAAAAAAUAAAAUGACCUUGAAAAGAAAGUGUGCAUUAAGCGACGGAUUAACGGAUGAUAAAAAAAACAAGAUAAUGAAAGUUACAUCAACUAAUUUUCAAAAAAAAUCUCCUAGACUAAAACGUAUUGCUGAUCUGAAAAGUCAGAAUAAUUUAUCUAAUAGUGGAAAAAACGAAUCUACUACUUUAAGAGAAAACUCUCAAAAUAUUAAUUCUAGUAAAGAUACAUCUGAGAGUAAGUGGAAACAAUUUUCAAACCACCCAUCUGUAACCUCUGUAAUGGCACCACCACCGUCACUGAACGCACUUCCUGAUAUACAUCAUACCUCUAAAAAAGCAUAUAAUACUCUAACAAAUUUGGAUGAUCCUAUUAAUGUUUGUGAUAUGCACAUAUCCUCUAAUAGUGCUAUUAGUUCGACUAGGAGAUUAUUUUAUGGCGAUAGAAGAGGCGUUAAACGACUCACAAGUAACCUUAAAGCGUCAGUAGUAAACAUUACACCUGAAAUGAAAGUGAAAUCUUUUGACGAAUUAAGUAUAACCCCAAUUACAAACUCUAUGAAAAUGGAGGCUAUAUACAUUUCUGAUCCUGAUUCUGAUAACAAAGAUAAGGACAAUCCCAAAGUAGGAGAUAAAACAUCAAUAGAUGAUGGCUCUGAUGUUGAAAUAUUUGAUAACAAACAUAAUUCAACCCAGAUAUCAGAAGAGGCUGUUUUUCCAUCAUUUUUACAUAAUGUAGAUCCACAUAUAGAGAGAAAGAAAUUUGAGUAUGGUUUUACUACCUUAGCAUAUAAUAAAUUAAAAGAUAAAACUAGAAUACCUAAGGACACAAUAACUGACCUCAUCUGCAAUGGGAUUACUAAAUAUACACCAUUGAACAAGAGUGAUAUUGUCAGUGUAUCAAAUGAUAUAUGUUCUUCUAGUAACUUUCAAUUUUCACAUACCAUUUUCUAUCAACAACUGCACAAAAGGGAUCGUAUUCAUUAUACCUCUAUUGAUUCCUAUAUAGACACAUCACGUUUGACAGGAAAAUAUGCAAUAUUACCCGCAAUAAGUGAGACAAAAACUAUUGAAAAUGAACACAAUUUAUCUCCAGAAAAUAAUAAAACAGAUUUUGAUGAAAAUGAAACUUGGGAUAAAAGUUUGAAAGAAGUUAACAUUCAAAGGGAAAAUUCUUGUGUAACUGAAUUAGAUAAAGAUAUAGUGGUUCCCUUAUCCAAUAUUAAGCAAACAAGUAUACAUGAAGAAAAAAUAAUUGCUGAUAGCAAGCCGGAAGAUUACCGUACAAACAUUCAAAACCUAUCUUCAUCAAUUAGUAACCACACAAAAAGCUCUAGGGAUAUAUGGAGAAAAGUUUGGUUAACUAAUCUAGAGGGAUGUAGUGUAUAUUUCAGAAAUGAUAAUUUUUUUGAUAAUAAGACGGAAAAGGUAAAAUAUGUCUUCAUAGAGCUAUUCAAAUGUGUCCCAAAUGUGCUACUCAAUUCAACUGUGGAUCUCAUAAUUCUAGGAAAAAAAGAAAGUUCUUCUGAUUCUGAUCAAAGCACUGUUUUAUUAGAAAAAUAUAGGUUUAUCAUGAAUAAGCUUGCUCCUGGAAAAAAAAUUAGAAUUUGGACUUAUGAAAAAACUAUAAAGUUUAUUCAAGAUAUGGGCAUUAACAUGAAAACUAUUGCAGCAAAUGAUUCAACGGUCCCCUUAGAAUUAAAUGCAACAAAAUCUAAUUAUAAAAAAAUAAAUAACAAUAUUGAUAUAUCUCUUGAAAAUAAUGAUAAAUCAAUUAAGCACACUACCCAAAAUGAGUCUACAAAUAUUACACAGAAACAACAAAAUACCAUGCAGACCAUUGACAACAAGGCAGAAUUCUCUAAAAAUAAUCUUAAUACCUCAGACUUUGUUAGUUUUAACGAAGGUAAUUUAACAGAUACUAUCCAUAAAAGUUUUGAUGCACCUUUUGAUUUAAUUGAAACAAACAUCCAAUACAGUUCGAACCAAAACAUUGAAACAAUUAAUGCAGAGCAAGAGAAAGAAAAACAAAAGUUACUAAAUAAAAAAGAAGAUACUUUAUUUAAUCCAGCAACAAAAGAAGAAAUGCUAUCUAAAUUAUUUAAUGAAUCUGACAAACAAUUAGAAUGGCUACAACCCCAAGACACCGAUCUACUUUCCACAUUAGAAUCUGGACAAAAAGAAUUUGACAAUCUUCAAUCUUCAUUUAUAAAUCAUUCAGUAUUUAAUAUUGUUAACCUUAUGGUAAAUUCGUUAGAUAAAGCUGCCGAUAUUAUUGACAAGAAGUCGCAGGAACUCCAAACUGCUAACAAAACAAUUCAAGCCUUAUGCUCUCAAAUUCUUCAACAACAAUACGAACUGGCUUCGCUUCAUGCUGUUGUUGAAACACAAAAAAAGCACUUGACUGAAGAGGAAAAGAAAAGGAAAGAACUUACAGUGAAAUGGAUGCAAGCUAUUGUCAAAAAUCAGACUCUUGAAUUAUCAAAAGGGAAGGAAAGAGAAAAUUCAAUACGCUAA